UGUGAACUGUCUACAUGAAUGAUCUCACUUAAUUAGAGACCUAGACCCAGAGGACUCAUAGUUAUUCCAAGUAUGAACUUGCUGGACUUCCACUUGACUGUUGCUUUGUUUCAGUAGGUGGAGCCACUCUCCCUCAUUAGAAUAAAGUAAACAGAUUUAACUCAAUUAUAAAUGGAAAAAAAUAUGUGCUCUCCGUCACUGAGAGUUGCACAGAGUGACGACUGCCUCGAAACCCUGGGUGCAGCGGUGAGCAGUGCUGGAGCAUGAGUUCCAAGGCAAAAUACAUAGGGAUCAUCGGAGCUCCUUUCUCAAAGGGCCAGCCACGAGGAGGGGUGGAAGAAGGCCCUACAGUAUUGAGGAAGGCUGGUCUGCUUGAGAAACUUAAAGAACUAGAGUGUGAUGUGAAAGAUUAUGGGGCCCUGACCUUUGCUGAUGUCCCUAAUGACAGUCCCUUUCAAAUCGUGAAGAAUCCAAGGUCUGUGGGAAAAGCAAGUGAACAGCUGGCUGAUGUGGUGGCAGAAAUCAAGAGGAACGGAAGGACCAGUCUUGUACUGGGCGGAGACCACAGUUUGGCAGUUGGCAGCAUCUCUGGCCAUGCCAGGGUCCACCCGGAUCUCUGUGUCAUUUGGGUGGAUGCUCACACCGACAUCAACACUCCACUGACAACCACAACUGGGAACUUACAUGGACAACCUGUAUCUUUCCUCCUGAAGGAACUAAAGGGAAAGAUUCCCGAUGUCCCAGGAUUCUCCUGGGUGACUCCCUGCCUAUCUGCCAAAGAUAUUGUGUAUAUUGGCCUGAGAGACGUGGACCCUGGGGAACACUACAUUUUGAAAAUUCUGGGAAUUAAAUACUUUUCAAUGACUGAAGUGGAUAAACUGGGAAUUGGCAAGGUGAUGGAAGAAGCAUUCAGCUAUCUACUAGGAAGAAAGAAAAGGCCAAUUCAUUUGAGCUUUGAUGUUGAUGGACUGGACCCGUCUUUCACACCAGCUACUGGCACACCAGUCCAGGGAGGUCUGUCUUACAGAGAAGGUCUCUACAUCACAGAAGAAAUUUACAAAACAGGGCUACUGUCAGGAUUAGAUAUAAUGGAAGUGAAUCCAUCUCUGGGGAAGACACCAGAAGAAGUAACUCGGACAGUGAACACAGCAGUAGCAAUAACCUUGGCUUGCUUUGGAGCUGCUCGGGAGGGUAACCAUAAGCCUACUGAUUACCUUAACCCGCCUAAGUAAACAUGGAAACGCCAUAUAAAAAUCUCACAGUUGAUGACAUAAUUAGCAAAUCGACUAAACUUCUAGUUAUCCUCCCAAAGGUUUGGUCUUUCAGAAAAAUGUUUUGCCUUGGUAAAAGUUAGUACAAUUAGUACAAACUGUAUCAAUUCCCUCUUGGUAUGAAAUUCAAGAUAUGGAAAUGCUAACUUUUGUGAAAUUAAAAAGCUUAUAUUCCCAUUUUGGCAAAAGCCUUAUCGUUAGAGAAAUACACAUUCAUUUCCAAAUAAAAAUAUGCUGGCAUUAAAAAUAAACACCUAUAUCAGCCCCCGUA